GAGGAGGAGGAGGCGGAGGAGGAGGUGGAGGAGGCAGCAAAGGGACCAGCGCCUCCUCCAUACCGCCGCUGGCGCCUCACCGGCAACACUGCACCCAGGUGCGGACGCGCAGGUUGAUGAAGGAGCUACAGGAGAUCCGGAGGUUAGGGGACAACUUCAUCACGGUGGAGCUGGUGGAGGACAACCUGUACGACUGGAACGUCAAGCUGCACCAGGUGGACAAGGACUCCGCCCUCUGGCAGGACAUGAAGGAGACCAGCACCGAGUUCAUCCUGCUCAACGUCACCUUUCCCGACAAUUUCCCCUUUUCGCCGCCGUUCAUGCGCGUGCUGACGCCCCGCCUGGAGAACGGCUACGUGCUGGACGGCGGCGCCAUAUGCAUGGAGCUGUUGACCCCCCGCGGAUGGUCCAGCGCCUACACGGUGGAGGCGGUCAUGAGGCAGUUUGCCGCCAGCCUCGUAAAAGGACAGGGCCGCAUAUGCAGGAAAGCAGGGAAGUCCAAGAAGGCCUUCAGCCGCAAGGAGGCGGAGGCCACCUUCAAGUCGCUGGUGAAAACCCACGAGAAGUACGGCUGGGUGUCCCCGCCCGUGUCGGACGGCUGAGCGCCGGGCCGGCCGCCCCCCCCGACCCCCGCGCUAGCCGGACCAGCCCAGCUAGCCCCGACACGCAAAACGACACACCACGCUAGUUCAAGUCUCAUCCUCAACCUUUUUUGCUGUUUCACUCAAGAUUCUCUUGGUUUCGUGUGUCUCGAUUCUUUUUUUUUUUUUUUUUUUUUUUUCUUUCCGUCUACACUGAACCAGCCAGAGAGCCGACGCCGGUCCUCAUCGUCACUCUUUCUCCGAGACUUUGUUUGGCUUCACCGCCUCUCGCCCAGGAAUUUUCUCCUGCGUGUAGGAAAGGCCUGAGACGAAGUUGUGUGUGUGUGUGUGUGUGUGUGUGUGUGUGUGUGUGUGUGUGUCUGUC